AUGCGUUUCUUCAGAAUUCUAGCCGUGGGGCUGCUCCAAGCAAGCCUCACGUCGGCGCAGACUAAGUAUGCGGAUAAUCAAGUUCCGGUCUCCAAAGAUAGCGAGCUUGUCUCCAAGCUCUUUCCCGACGUAGAGGGCGUCGAGCUGCUCUCGCCUGCGUUCGCGAAUGAAGAUGGCGUCCCGGAUGGAUGGACGAACGGAACUUCUGGUCCUACGUCGCAAGCAACGUUGGAAUCCUUCCUGAAAGACAUCGCGGAUCAACACUCUUGGGCAACUUACCACGUCCCCUUCACCUCGGAAGACGACCGUUCAAUCCCCUACCUCAACCUCUCGUCUGGCUCCUCGACAUCCAAGCUCCGCAUCUGGCUGCAGGGAGGCGUCCACGGCAACGAACCCGCCGGCGACCAAGCCAUCCUCGCUCUCCUCGCCAAGCUCGCCUCCAACACCACCUGGGCGACCUCCGUCCUCGAAAAGGCCGACGUACUCGUCUUGCCGCGGUAUAACCCCGACGGCGUGGCCUACUUCCAGCGCGAGCUCGCGUCAAACCACGACCCCAACCGCGACCACGCCCUCCUCCAGCGCCAGCAGACCCGCGACGUCAAGACUCUCUUGUCGGCGUUUGACCCGCACAUCUUCCUGGAUGCGCACGAGUACACGGCCAGCCAGCGGCUCGGUGCGCAGGGGCAGUGGCUCAAGGCGCAGGACGUCCAGGUCUCGCAUGUAAAGAACCCCAACAUCCACCCGGCCAUCCGCGCCCUCGGGGAGGGUCUCUUCCUGCGUGCGAUCCAGGGCAAGGUACGGAGCCAUGGAUUGCGGACUAGCGCGUACUUCACAGCCGGUGGCGGCACCGACCUCCCCGUCCUCACGGAGCCUAGCUCCGUCUCCCGCGCGGGGCACAAUUCCGCCGGACUCCUGCAGACGGUGUCUUUCCUCACGGAGACGCGGGGCAUCAGGCUCGCAGACCAGCACUUCCAGCGCCGCGUCGCCGCAGGAUUGCUUGCCGUUGAGACCCUUCUCCAGACCGCCGUGGACAACGCCGAAGAGGUCUACACCACCAUCGAAACCGCGCGGCAAGAGUUCACCACCAGUACCGAGGCCAUCAUCGUCACCGACCACGCGCGCACCACAAACACAACAUGGCCCUUCAUCGACGCCCGCAACGGCACCCUCGUCCACGUCCCCGUGCAGUUCCGCAACAGCACGCCCACCGCGCCAGACCUCGUUCGCGCCCGCCCCGCAGCGUACGUCUUCCCGCGCGCGUGGGCCGCCGUCGCGGACAAGCUGCGCACCCUGGGCGUCGAGGUGGCGGUGCUUGACGAAGACUUUGUCGGCGAGGCGGAGGUCCUCACGGCGGAGAGAGUCACCCUCGCGAGCGCCAAGAACGAGGGCGUUGUUGAGAGUGCCAUCACCACGUCGACGAGCCGUAGGACGGUGAGGGUGCCCAAGGGCGGGUUCAGCGUGAGCACGCGGCAGAAGAAUGCGGCGUUUGCGUUUGUGCUGCUUGAGCCGGAGGGGAACGCGAGCUUGGCGAGGUAUAAUGUGGUGAACUUGGAGGAGGGCGAUGAGUAUCCCGUGUUCCGGGUGCUUGCGGGGCAAUAG